UUCAGUUUCUUCGUGUACGUCGUCAGUGCUGGUUGUGUUUAGCGGAUGAAAGCGUCUGCUGCCUCCUAUGGACUAAGCAGAGAAUAAACAAAUUUACUUUGGUAUAACCACUGCAAGUAAAGUGAAUGCCUCCAAAUACGAAAAACCGAACAUUGCGAAUCAUGUCGUGUGUGGGACAAAACUUAUUUUAAUUAAAAAAUGUGAAUUUCACGUCGUCUGCAAUUCGCGUUUAACAAAGUACGAAUAUCAUUUAUUCUUUAUUGAAAUACAUAUUUUUGUGAAAAGUGACGAAAACAACGAAAACAAAGUGCUCAUUGAAUCUUCCUUGCAUUGAAUUCACGAACAACAACAACAACAACAAGAAUAACAAAAAACAGUGCAAUAGACAAAUUCUUAUGCUAGCAAAUAUAAAAAGAUUUAAAGUGUAAAAUAAGAAGAAACAAAAAAACAAAAAAAGGAAAAAAACAAAUAACAACAACAACAAUUAAACACCAUUACAAUUUUCAUCAUCAUCAGAAUCGCUACAAAAAUCAGCUUCGUCUCUUUCACGAACCAACUGCAGUUGUUCGAUACAUAUCUACAGAAAUUGUUUUGUUGGCAAAUUAAUGCGUUCAACCGUAUUUGCGCAUUGCAUCUGCAUCAAAUUGUAUUAAACUGGAAAUUCUACUUUCAACUUAAAAGUUUGCUGCCACAUAAACAUUGAAACACAUUAAAAUCGUAAGAAAAAAAUAAAAAAUAAUAAAAAUAGUUUAAAGUCCAAACAACAAAAUACACUCCUACAACAAACCAAUUAACUAACCCAGGGUUAGUAAAAAUAAAUAUUUAUUGCUUGCUGAAAUUUGACGAAGUCACAAGAUUACAGUAAAAUACGCAAAAUAUGGCACUACGCCUGAGACGUGAUGUACAAAAAGCAUCGUAUUACGUAUGGUUUCUGGGCGCCGAAGAGGCGAAGGGUUUGCGCGGUACACGUGUCAUCAAUUCAGUGCUGCCGUAUCUGAUUGAUCGGUCACGCGGGCAAGAGCCGCUCAAAGUGACGCUGCAGGUCUCCCAAAUCAAAAUAUUGCAGGGCUCCUCGAAACAUUUCAUACCACACAGUGCCAUAACCAGCUCCGUGCAAACUGAUGACAUCGUUGCAUGUGUUUUGUUGCUAUAUAAUCCGGCAACAAAAUGUCCAUUGCACGUACACGCCUAUCGUUGCGAUUCCGAGUCCACAGCCGAGGCGUUGCAUCAACAGCUGCAAAUACUAAUCAAUCGUCCCGAAAACCAAAAACGCUUUGAGGAAUUGGAAACACGUUUGGGCAUCAUGCCGCCAUUGCCCACGUCCAGUGGCAGCAACAGCAAGUCAGCGUCCCACAUUUCCAGCAAUGGUCACAAUAACGAACACAACAGUGUGCCGAAGCAACACUAUUUGUCACAACAACAUCAAUCACAACAACAACAACCACAUCGUCGCCACGAAUCGUCGCCCAAGCGCUUCAGCUCAUCGCUAGGCAGCGACACUGGCAACAGCACACGCGAAUCAGAAUGCAGUGAAGAACAUAGCGGCGGUUCGCCCGUAUCCCGUUCACCGCCCGUCACAGGCACCACAAAACCGCUACCAUUGCCACAGCCCACCAAUGAGCUGUUCGAUUCAUUGGCCGCGGAGCUGCGUGCCAAGUUGAAUGGCAAUGGACCGCCUUUGUUACUGCCGCCACGCGACUAUGACACAGUGCAUCGCUCCAAGGGCAAUUUGACGGCAAUUGAACUUCGUCGCUGCCGAAAUGCAUUGAUUGUGGGCGGCGCCACGCCCAAUGAGACAGCCGUAACCGCUAAUGGCAAACAAGUUUCAUCGCGUGGCUCUUCAGGCAUCGGUUCGGAUUUGGCACCGAGCCCAGAACGACAAGACCUGAACAGUUCGAGUGAUGAUGAACAGUGGUCGAACGAAGCGGACAACUCUGUAAUCGCGCUUAAGCCAUCACAGAUUGCGAUGGAACGCUCGCCACCCAUAAUACCGCAUCAUCCACAGUUGAACCGCAAGAGCGCUGUUCAGCCACCUGAAGAUAGUUAUUUACGCGAUCUGCCGGCGAAGCCGUACACACCACGACAAAGCGCCACCAGUAGUGCACAUCGUGAGAAGAUCGUUACUUCCACACACGAGCGUGACACGCGCUCGAAAACGCCGUCGACGGCGAGCUGGUCGCGCGAAGACGAAAUAAAACCGAUCAUUAUGCGCCCAGCCGAUUAUGAUGCGAAAUUCAAUCGCGUUUUACAAGCCGAAACAAAACAGGAGUAUCAUCGACGCGCUGAUGGUGGGGGUGGAGGUGGCACCGGCGGUAGAGAACGUGAUCGUGAACGUGAUCGUGAACGCGAACAUCCAAAGUUACGCGACACCGACAAAUACAAUGAAAUCAAUCGUUUGCUGAACAAAAAACUUUCACUAGAACGUGAAUCACCAGAACAACACUUUACUAAGCAAAAACUGGAUGAUGCUGAAGACUUCGAUGACUCCGAUCCACCAAGCGAUCACAGGCCUGUUCACCCAACCUCCAGCUAUCGCAAGGAGAAUCUCACAGAUAAACAGAAAUUCAUCGAAUACACAGCAAAGAAACAGUCAAAAUCUUACGCUGCCGAGGAGGCGCAACGCUAUGGUGGACGCCAUCGUUACGUUGACCCGGCCGAUUUGCCGUUUGAACAGUCCACAAGCCAUAACAAGUAUGCUGCUGUACACCGUAGUACGCACUCACCCGAUCGCUCUGAUCAUGGCCAUCCGCGCAUGAGUGAGCGCGAACGAGAGCCAGAUCGCUUGCGCGAAAAGGAACGCGAGAGGGAAAGGGAUCGUGAACGUGAACGCGAGCGUGAGCGUGAACGUGAAAAAGAUCGUAAACAAUAUUCACAUAGCAAUGAGCGUAACCCAUACCGUGAACCAGAGAGUCUGCCCUACAUACAAAGCAUGGAAAAGAUGAUGAAGUCAUCCGCAAUGCGUUACAAGGCAUUUGAUGGCGCAUUAGAGCCUGCAGCGGUUGCGCCACCCAAAGAAGAAUUACACACAAAACUCAGCUCACAGCGUAGUAAAUCUUACACAAAACGCAACGACGACGAUACGCUUCCAAAGGAGUAUGCACACUCCAGUGGCCGAUCUGAUGUCACGCCCAAGGAUCGCUUCAAGGAUGCCAAGGACAAGUUUCGCGCCAUGGAACGCAACGGCAGUCGAUAUGACCUAGGCGAUGAGAAAGACGUAUCCGACUAUCGACCACGACGCCGUGGCUCGGUCGAACCAACAGACAAUGGACGUCCAUAUGCCGAUUGGAGCGAUGAAGAGCGUCUAGAUGAUUCACCAACGCCAGUCGCCACCCGUUCGCGCUCUCGCUCACGCGGCCAGCUGUGGGAGGAAACAAAUGUGGCGCCACGCGAGAUGUUACCACCACGCGAACAUCAUAUUCGCGAACGUGGCCGAGAGCGUCAAUAUCAAGAGUAUGCGCCAGAUGUUCGUCCAAUGCGUGAAGCUUCAGGCAAACGCCCCGACACACACCGAGUGAUGCGUGAGCGCUCAAGUGACAUGACAGAUGCGCGUGAUCCCUAUCGUGAGGCAUAUCGGUAUGAACAACGCAAAGUACGUGAUCAUUCAAGAGACACGCCUCCAAUGCGCGACGAACGCGAACGGCAUCGAGAACCUGUACGACACGAAUAUGCACCGGAUGUGCGCGCAGGUCUUCCUGAACAUAGAUCCAAUCGACGACAAGCUGAGAAACAUACGGACUACUACCCUUCACCUACUCCGCCGCCACCCACCACCGGUGCACCCAUACCCAAUCCCAAAGGCAUCUCCAAUUUGACAAAAGGCUAUCGUCACAGCUAUGCCGAGCCGGUAUUUGCGCGUGCUGGUGGUCGUGUUGGCUUGGCGGCCGUUAAUCCGUAUUAAGUAAAAUAACGGAAAUUGGGUUUGUUCGGAAAAAUACGGUUUUACUGUAAUAUUAUUAAUAAAGCACUAAUCUUAAGUUAAGUUUUGAUCAAAAAAUUAAAGAAAGGACGACUAAACUGAAUGUUAACUGAAGCGAAGUAUUCUGUAAAUCUAAUAUUCAAUUUAAAAUGAUUUAACGUGCAUAUCUAUAUUCUGUACGUAUGUAUUUUUUAAAGAAAUAUCUAUGAACAUAUAAACUACUUUUAACCAGUCAUAUUUACAUUUACUAAACCCGGCUUAUUCCAGUCGCUAAGCAAGAGCUAAUCAAUGCUGGUUACCAUAAGAAUUAAACAUUUUGAAAUGUCCUUUUAAAAUCACUGGAGUAUAGCUUCAAAAAUUUUAGUCAACAAAAUCUUUCCCAAUAAUGUGCCUUUUUAUACGAAGAAACUAGCUAAUUUAUCGAGAAAUUCAACGAAAUUCGAAGAAAAAAACAUAAAAAAAUUAUUACAUGCAUGCAAACACUUAAGUAUAUAUUAUGUAUGUAUGUAUCCAAUAUAUUAUUAUAUAUAUGUAUGUAUUUUUGUAGUAAAUUUUCACAUAGCACCUAAAAUUUUAAUUAUAUACUUAACUAAAAUGUAAAAUCUUUAUUUUCCAUCAGUUGAUUGGUUGUUACUUAUUUUGAAGAAGGAAUGUUAUUUGCAACGCUAUUUGA